AUGAUUUCACGAACCACGCAACCAAUGAUGAAGCAAAGUAGCAGCAACUUGUUUCACCAUCAUCCGAGUGUAGCCUACACAAAUGGUUUACAAUCCAUGAUUACAAGUAAUAGAAUCAUCACGGGUGCUUGUUUUCAUCAAUCUUUUUUAAUUUUCAAUACUAACGAACAAGAUAAAAAGCAUCCGAAUAGAAAACCAUUCUUUGCAGGUGGAUUGGGAAAAUCAGGAGCGCUCAGUACUCCACCCAAAACAUCCUCUUCUCAAGUUUCAAACCCUCCUCCUCCUCCAUCAAAUUCAAGAGCUGCCUAUGAGAAAAUGAGAGAAGAACGGGAGGAGCAAUUGGAAGCUGAAGAGUUUGCAAAAAGAAGAGAACAAAUUAGAGACAAUUUCCAAAAACAAUUUUUCGAAAAUAUGGAUCCUAAUGAAUUUAAAAAAGCUUGGGAACAAGCUCAAGUGGAUGAAAAUGCUGAAUAUAAAAAAAUUACUUUUAGACAACAAAUGAGAUGGUGGAUUAAGGAUCACGAUCGUUUUGACCGAUUCAUGAAAUUAUUAAUGAAUCCUACAGCGACUGAGGAUGAAAAACACUAUGCCAAAGAACAAGUUGAUGAAAUGGUUAAAUUGUAUGGAGAAGUUAGAGUUCGUCCUUCAAAUAGAAAGAAAAUUCCUGCCAGGCUGACGCUUGUCAUUUUGACAAUUGUCAUGCUCCUUUCAUGGAUGGCAGUGAAGGGCCAACAACGUAUGGUGAAUAAGGAGAGACAAGAUCAAGUCCUUGAAGAUGUCGUCAAAAGAAGUCAACCUACAGAAGAGAUGCGAGCUGUGCCUCAGGUGAAUCACCGUGAGAUUCUCCAAGAAAUUGAGAAUCAAAGAUUACAAAAAUUGAGAAGAGAGCAAGAGAAGUCAAAUCAAAAUUAA